CUCUACUGUACAAAGUGCAACAGUGCAGAACAGAUUUGACCAAAGAUUCGGAUUCGUAUCUUUGUCUUUCCAUCCAGCAGCGAAAAUUCUGGAAGAUUGUGUGCCGUUCUAUCGUGAAUUUCGUCAGCAUUUGAUCUCUGGGUGUCGGUUCGAAGACGUUCAUCUCUCUAUAAAAUUACGAUAUCGUGAAUAUUUUGCGUGAGCUGUGAAUUAUUCAACAAGAACAAUGUCGACGAAAAGUGACGAAGUGAAAUUAGACAUUGAGGAAUUCAAUAGUUUACUCGAGCAGGCUCAUAGGCAACGAAGUAAAGAUGUGCUGACACUGGAAAUUAGGAGACUACAAACGGAAUUAGCAAAAUUACUUGAGGAAAACAAGGAUGCAGCUAUCAAACCAACAACUCCUUCGCUCAAUGGUCCCCAAAAGUGCUAUGAAGUGAAAUUGAACAAUUAUGGAUGGGACCAGACGCUCACAACAGUGAAAAUCUAUAUAACAUUGAAAGAUGUUCAUCAGUUGCCCAAACAAUCCAUCAUCUGCAAUUUUACAAAAGAUUCUUUGGAUUUGCGAGUACUUGGUCUGGAUAACAAAAAUUAUAACUUGCCAAUCAAUAAUUUGUGUGCUGAAAUCGACAUCGAGAAGAGUAGUUUUAAAAUAAAGACUGAUAUGAUUGUUGUGUUACUCACAAAAAAAGUUGCCAAAGAUUGGUCUCACAUUACAUUAGUAGAGAAGAGGAUCAAGGAUGCGAAAUCGUCAUCUGUACCGGAAUUGGGCGAGGACAACGAUCCCGGGGCUAGUCUAAUGAAUCUUAUGAAGAAGAUGUAUCAGGACGGGGACGACGAGAUGAAGAAAACAAUAGCGAAGGCAUGGACUGAGAGUCAAGAGAAACAGAGAAGUGGUACAAUGGACUUGUAAUUUCAGUAAUGAUCUACGAAAUCUCGUAGAUCUAAUCUAGGUAAUGUGCAUCUUGUGUUUUUUUGUUUGAUACAUAAAAUGUAACAUAAAUAUUGAAUAAGAAGUAUAGAGAGAAUAAUAGAACACAUUAUACAAAUUUUUUUUUCUAGAAAAAAAUUAAAAUAUUACACAAUGUAAUUACAAAUUAUAAGUUUUAAACAGACAAAAGAGAGUUCUUUUAUAUUUAAUUAAAA